CACAACUCACUUGAACCCCAUCAUCACGGCCUCAAAAAAGCCAUGAAACCCAAAACAGAACCCAGGAACGCCACCAAAAAAUGCAUCUUUUCAAAACAAUCUUUCCCAAAAACUACCACACCUUAAACAACACAAGCACAGGUCCUCUUGUUUCCCUCUUAAAAUCCCGGUCCGUAAUCCGGUUCAGCGGUCCAGACACAAUCAAAUUCUUGCAAGGUUUAUUGACAAACGAUGUUAAAAAAUUCAGUGAACUCCCAAGCAGGACAACAUCGUACGUACCCACUCUAAAUUUGCCUUCUGUCUAUGCUCCUCCUAUGUACGCUGCGCUUUUGACUCCACAAGGGAGGUUCUUGUAUGAUUUGUUCUUGUAUAGAAAGCCUCUGGGCGAUGAGAAGUCGGGUCCUGGGUCGGAUUCGGGUGGGGAUUUGGAGUUGUUUGCUGAUGUGGAUAGCUCGGUUCUUGAUGAGUUAUUGCAUACUUUUAAAAGGUACCGGUUGAGGUCAAAGGUUGAAAUUGAUAACGUGGCAGAAGACUUCUCUUGCUGGCAAUGGUUUGGUGGGAACCUUGCUGAAAAAUCAAAAGGUGAAGAAGAGCCAGAGGCAGCUAGCUCGGGCCCUGGUGUUGAUCAUUCUGCCAUGUCAUCUUUACAUGGGAAUGAUGUUGGAUGGCAAUGGUUUAAGGACCCCAGAGUAGAUUGUCUUGGUUUAAGGGGGGUCUUUCCAUCUAAAGAGACUCCACCUUUGGUAGAAUCUGACAAAGAAACAAAUGAACUGAAUUACCUAUCAUGGAGGAUUGAGAAUGGAGUUGCAGAAGGCUCAACUGAGAUCCCCAAAGGUGAAGCGAUUCCUCUUGAAUACAAUCUGGAGGGUUUAAAUGCAAUAAGCUUUGACAAAGGAUGCUAUGUGGGCCAAGAGUUUAUAGCUCGAACACACCACAGAGGGGUCAUUCGCAAACGAUUGCUUUCUUUGGUGUUUCUAGGUGAUAGUGGAAAAGUGGACCAGAAAGUUGGUCCAGGUUCUGAAGUCAUCAACAGAGCAUCUGGCAAGAAAAUUGGGUAUGUGAUGACUGCACUUGGCUGUAGAGGGCUGGGUGUUUUGCGGUUGGAAGAAGCCUUUAAAGGGUCAGGUUCAUUGACCAUACAAGGGCAGGAGGACAUAAAGGUUGAGGCCAUUAGACCAAAAUGGUGGCCUGCCACAUGGUUUUCAGAGCAUCAACAGCAUAGUGCAGUGGCUUAGAGUAUUAACUAUGAAGGAUAAGAUAGAUCUUUCUGGACAAGAGAAAAAUCCUGCACCUGUUAGCCUCCUUUCUGAUAGCGCAGGUAUUCUACAGGUUAAAAACUUGUAUCUUUUUAUCAAUUGUUUUUUGAGGAUGAAAUGUAAUUGCAUAUUUCUUUCCUUUUUUCUAGAGGAGUUAAUAAAAAGAGGGUGUUAAACUCGUAUGUACUUAUCUAACUACAUGCAUUAAUACGACAAAAGUCAAUUUCAAAA